AGGCACGAAUCAUUAAGCUUAUCGAACUCUUCUAGAUAACACUUCAAUAAGCAUUUCGUUAUAAUGAAAUUAGCACUUUUAGCUAUCGCGUUAUUAUUUGUUGUUGUAGCAGAAUCAAAUAAAAAGCAUGUUGUUCAUCACAAGAAAUAUCACUUAAAACGUGAUUCGAGUGGAAAUAAUACAGAUGGGGUUCCAAGCGUGUACGAACCAAUUGUACCAGUGAUUAAUCAAGUUAACACCGAUAAACAAGAAGUAAAUCCGAUUUCAGCGGUUAUUAGUUGGUUUACCAAAAAAAGUUACGAUGGCAGCAGAAAGCACCACCUGAAUCGAAAUGGGAACACAUCUACAACGAUAUCUACAACGCCAUCUACAACGACAUCUACAACGAUAUCUACAAAUACUACGGGACAAUAUAACUCUACGUCUAGUUGGUUUUUUGGAAAUUUUACAACUCCAUCAUCCACCAAUUCAUCAUCUACACAGUUUUAAAAUUUAUAACAAUAUAAAUUCAAAAUGUAUUUCAUUACAGUUAAAUAAUAAUAAAGUUAUUUCUUUA